AUAUGGAGUAUAAGUUAAAUACAACUUCAUUUUUUCAGCUAGGGUUUCAUUCCCCAAUUCCAUAGUUCCUGCCGGCCCCACGCCCCAGCCAUUCUUCUGCCAUCUCCGCCGCGCCCAGGUCCGCCGCCCUGAGGCCCCUGCCGAGCCCCACCCAUUCUGCCAUCUCCGCCGCGCCGAGUCCCUCCUCGAUCCGCGCACUGCGCCCAGGUCACCGCCACCCAGGUCCGCCGCCCUGAGGCCCCUCCAAGAUCCGCGCCCCUUCGUCACUUCGCUAAAACCCUACUUUUCCUUCUACCUUAAUUCCCCACGCCAAUGUCUUCCAACGCAGAACCCGUCGCCGCCGCCACACCUUCAAGGGUGAGUAAGCCCGCCAUAGAGGCGGGCGUAAGCGCUCUGUUGAAACACAAAGCCGCCCAAUCCGUCAACGAGAAGCCCCAAUUACUGCCGCAAGAUGAUUAUUUCUACCUCAACCUCACCCUAAAGAAAAUCCCAUCAAACCCUCGCACGAAUCCCUACAGAAUCCCGCUUCCGAACCCCCUUUUGGACGCCGUCAACUCGGAGGUAUGUUUAAUCGUGGACGACCGGCCGCGAACGACGACGCCGCCGUCGGAUGAAAUCAAAAAAUUGAUUAAAUCUCAGAACAUACCGAUUUCAAAAGUGAUAAAGUUGUCGAAGCUGAGGGCGAACUACAAGCCCUUCGAGGCAAGGAGGAAGCUUUGCAAUAGCUACGACAUGUUCUUGGUUGAUAAGAGGAUUGUUCAUUUGUUGCCUAAGUUGUUAGGGAAGGAGUUCUUCAGGAAACAGAAGCUGCCUUUAGGGGUGGAUUUGGGAAAAAAGAAUUUAAAGUUGCAGGUGGAGAGGGUUUUAGGGAGUGCUUUGUUGUUUAUUGGGACGGGGACCUGUUCCGUGCUCAAGCUUGGUAAGGUUGAGAUGGAGAAAGAUGAGAUUGUGGAGAAUGUGUUGGACGCCAUCAAGGGAGUGAUUGAGAGGGUGCCGAAGAAAUGGGAUGGUGUGAGGAGCUUGCACUUGAAGUUCUCUGAUUCGGUGGCUUUGCCGAUUUACCAGGCCAUGCCGGAUGUCAGGUUGAAGAUUGAGGGAUUGAAGGACAAAAAGGAAGAGGGAGGUGAGGUGACUGAAAUUAGUGAUAAUGACAGUGCUAAGAGUGGGAAGAAGAAGCAGAAGCAGAAGGGGAGGAUUCAUGAGGUUCGAUAUAUGGAUGCUGGUGAGGAUGUGGAUAGUGAUGUUGAUGAUUUGGAUGGGAGCGAGGUUGCUGAAUUUCUGCAGAAGAAGGGUAUUAGUGAUGAUGAUGAAAACAAGAAGACAGAGAGUGAGGGGAAGAAAAGGAGCAAGAAGAAGACGGAGAGUGUGGGGAAGAAAAGGCGCAAGAGUGAUGAUGAGAACAAGAAGAGCAAGAAGAUGGAGAGUGAGGGGAAGAUAAUGCGCAAGAGUAAAACUAUCAAGGAAUAACUAUCAAGGAAUGUGUCUCAGGAUAUUUGAAUGGAAAGAAGCCGGGCAUUUGGAGGCGGCACUAGAUGUUUUUGAACGUAUGCAGAACAAGGAUGUCGUUUCGUGGAGGAUCAUGAUACGCGGUUGUGUUGAAAAUGAGAGGCCGGGGAAGGCCUUGGAGAUCUUUCUAGAACUGCUUGCUUGCUG